UUGGCGGCAAUACAAAUUCCUUCAUAAAAAUUCAACCACCUGAUAUUAAAUUGAUUUGAAAAUUUGUUUUAUUCAUUUAAUCAAGCCGUUUACAUGUGUCUCGGGCACUUGCACCCUGCAUCAACGGCGCAGGCUUUCGGAUAACUUCCACGCUUUGUGUAACGGACAGAUGUAAUUCAAUGGAAAACAACGCAUUUAUUAAACGGCGUUCCUUGACGCUCAGCACGCGUCUCCUGCAGAAAAGGCACAGUGCUUCGCCCCAGAGCUGCGGGCGUCCAGGAAGCGGACACGAUGUGAGCGUCUCCUUGGGCUCCCCUGGCUCGCCCAACGCCUCUACAAUCGGGGGAAUCUCAUCCGACGUGGAGAGCACUCCGCCGCACAAGCACAAGCCCAGCCUGGACGACAGUGUUGACUUCUCGCCCCGCCUGGACAUCAGCCUCUCGCCCAACUGCCUCUUCUCGCAGACACUGGCCACCGAAAGCCCCGAGGUGGGAUGGCGCUGGAACCGCAGUAGCAGCAAUGCCACCACGGACAGUGGCUUUGACUCCGCCGAAAUAGGCAGCUUAAGCCAAAGGGAACGGCGCCGGCAGAUUGCCUUUAAGGGCGUUGAGGAUCGUCGCAUCCAGCUGGACAAUGAGCAGUGGCGGGCGCAGCAGAUGCGGGCCAAUGUUCUCCUCAAGGAGCGCUGCGCCAGGCUCAACAGACAACUGGAUCAGAUAGCCGUGUCGGAGCCAGUUAUCCCCCCGCAAACCCCUAAGAUUCUGCCACCUGUAGCUGCCCGCACAAGAUCGGCCUGCAAGAAGGCUUCGCCAGAGCCAGUGCUUCCUCCCCCGGCUGCCGCCGAUCCCAUGGCCGACUUCCUCAACGAUUCGGAGACGGAUCUGUUUCUGCUCGAGGCCUCCCAGCAACUGGAGUCUAAAAUCGAACCCCUAAAGCCACCCAAACCCAGCACCACCACACCCACCAGCCAUCAGAACGCGAAGCGACCCUCCUUCCUUAACGACUCGGAGACGGAUCUCUUCCUGCUCGAGGCCUCCCAGCAACUGGAGUCCCAAAUAGAACCCCAGAAGCCACCCAAACCCAGCACCAGCACUACACCCACCAGCCAUCACAACGCGAAGCGACCCUCCUUCUACAUGAAGUUUCUGGAAGACGAAAGCGAGGGCGACGAGGACUGGCUGAGCGCUCUAGAAGAGGCCGUGCAGCAGGCCACGAUGCCCAAGAAGCCGCGCACCUCUCUGCAGCGCUACAAGUCAAUGCCCACCACUGGAGGUUCCUCCAGCGGAGUGUCCACCCUGACCAAUGUGGUGGCCGGCAAGGGUUCAACCGCCUGCACAAGUUCCUCUUCCGCUUCUGGGUCUGAAUUAAAGAAUACUCCAAGGAUAAAACGUCAUGCCAGCUCACAUGCCCUGUCCCCAGCCACUUCCCAUGCGCGCGGCAAACUCUUCGGCAGCCGGAAAUGAAACCCGAUAAGGUAGCCCGCCCUCUGAACAUCAGCUUCCCCUCUGCGAAUACCAAUUGUGAUGAGCAAAGUUAGAUUUAAGCAUUGUCGUUUUGUUCCGCUUGCGUUGGCCCUUUCCUUGACCAUUCUGUAUACGAGUACGCUAAUUGAUUCAUGCAGCUCCUACGCGUCGUUGUAAAUGUAAAUUUAAGGCUAAUUAAAAGUUAAUUGUAAUUUAAA